AUGGUAUAUUAUACUACUUUUAAAAGUAUUGCCAAACUUCCGCAUAUCUCAACUCUUUUAUUUCCGACUGAAAUGAUAUUAGUUUCGUGUAAAGCAUCCAUUUCUAAGAUGUCUAUGUUAAACAGAAAUUUGAUCGCAAAAUCCAGUAAGAUUUCCAAGGUCACCCAAGGUAGAGAGGUGGCAAUAGAUGACCAAGCAAGAUGCCAUUAUGCGUGUACGACUAAUUUUGCCCUAAAAAUGACAAAAAAACGGGCAGAAAAUUUCUGUAAAAGUUGCAGUCUUUCACUUUUUCCCAUUAAAAAGAUACCUGAUUUAAACAAAAAAGUCAGACAAUCUUAUAAAUUAAGCAGAACAAAUUCUUAUAAGGAUCCAAUAACUACAGAAUUUAAAAGAUUUUCCGUAUUACUGGUCAGUAAAGUAUUUAAUUGGGAAAUAAGAAAGGGCUCAAUAUUCACAAGAUUCCCAUAUAUUUGUCUUUCUUUAAUCUUCAAUCAUUUGUUUAAAACAGUGGUUAUACUUAUAUCCACUUUGCAAAAAAUGCUAUUGUUAGAAGAUCUUAUAGCACCUUUGAAGAACAACAAACGCAUUUAG